AUGAGUUCGUUGAGAAUAAGCUGUCCCGAAGGUUGCGGACUAGAAGCGUCUCGUGCAGAUAAUCUGCGCCGACACUUAUCAACCGUACACAGCUAUACUCAACAACAAAUCGAAGAUUUCAACCGAAAAUUAAAGUUAAGCAAAAAAAGUAAUCGAAGUGGGAUUGUUUACAAAUGCAAGAUUUGUUCAAAGGAAUACACCGCUGAACAAAGUAUGCACAAUCACUUUAUUAAAGAACAUAAAGACGUAACAAAUAGAACCGAUGUAAGAGAUUAGAAUUGCGAAAAACAGGUCUCAAAAGUAGUUAGAAAAUUUGAAUUACAGCAUUUCGAAAAAUUUUUAUGUGAUCCAUCUUUGAAAGUAAGCGAACUUGCUGGACCUAGUUUUCCAAAGGCUAAUGCAUGUCGUCUCGCCUGUCCAAUUGUCGAUUGUAAGAUCAAAGUAACUGAUAGAAUCGAGCUGAUCCGCCAUUUCGCAUCCGAUCACAAGACAAAUGAUAAAUCAUAUAAUUUGGAAUCGGUAGAAUUUGCGACUGAACAGGAAUUGGAGGUGAGGCCGAAAAUGUUGCUCAAAUGUUUCCGCAGUUACCAAAGUUUGAAUAUUAUAAUUUUCCCCGAGAGAUUUUAGGAAAACUCAUAUGAAUUUUGAAAAAAACAAGAUACUUCUGAAAAAUUAAAGACUGGAAAAAGACUGAAAAAAUUCGAAGAGAAAUAAAAAAAGUCCUCAAAAUGUUGUCUUCCAUCUUGAAUUUGAAAAUGUCACCAAAAAACCAUAGAAUAAAAACUCGUGAAAAUUAUUUACUCGAAUAUUUCGAAAGUAUAAAAUCUAAAUUCAGAAAAAUUUUGAAUAUAUCCAUUUUUCCGAAUGUUUCGGAUUUUUGCAGCAAAAAUUUGAUGAAUUCACGAAAUCUUGUGAAAUGUUAAUGAUUAUAUUUUUUGUAUUCAAUCUUCACAAAAUGGAAAUUUCACGAAAAUCUAGAUAUUGAUAAAUUUGGGUUUGAAAUAAAACAGAUAGAAAUAGAAUAUUAAAAUAAAAAGAGUUCGGGAUAAUAACUGUUUUCUGUAUGCAGAAUCUGCAUUCUGUAAGUAUCUGAAGUCUUGAAAUUAAAUUUAGGACUAUAUAUCACGAAAGUGCGAGGCAACAUGUACAAGCUUGAUUGAUGAUAAAAAAUGUUGUGAUGGUGAAUCAACAAUCAAAUAUAUGAGAUGCAGCAUGGAAGGGUGUUACACAAGGAAACCAAAUUCAGUUCAUGAUUCCAAAAAAAUUGUCAAAUUCUGUUCGGCAUAUUUGAAAGUGAGAAAAACUUUAGAAUUAUUCACAAAAAAAUUUAGGUCUCAAUAAACCACAAAACGUCUAAAUAUUCGGCGAUGGGAACAUUUUGUCACAAUUCGCACAAUCUGGAAUGGGCGAAACAAAAUUUGACCAAGAAUCAAACUGAUAUCAUUGUGAAGUAAUGGAGCUUUGAGCAAUUAGAUUAAUUUAAUAGUGUUACAGCUUAUGCAAAGAUGGUUUCUACAAUAAUCAAAUUUUGGAUAAGCUUCGGCGGACAUACGAUGCAAAUAAUCGACUUUAUUACGUUGACAAUGAUCAAAUAAGGUACAAUUUUAUUCUCUUCGGAAAAAUUAUAAUGAGGGUCAGAAUGUUUCUGGGAAUUUUUUGAAAAUUUUUGAAACAUGUAUUGUUUGAAGAUUACUGUAGUCCGGAGAAACAAAACAAUUCAGUCCUAAAACUUGUAGAUCAAUUCGGAAAUCUCACGAACUGUAUCCUGGUAGAUUACAUGAAGAUGAUCUAAUGUCGAUAAAAAUGCUCGCAGAGCGAAAUGAUCCAGCAGAUGGAGUUCGUUUGGUUAUUCUUCCGACUGAGGAAAAUAAUCAUGCUCUGAAAAUCGGUAUUUUUCACUUCGAAUUUUAAUUAAAAACGUUUAAAUAUUUAUUCAUAGUUAUCAUAACUCCGCAACACUUUCAAAAUCUGAAACAACAUGGUCAUCGAGGAAUAUUAGCUGAUGAUACACAUCACGUCUCAAAAUAUGAUGCUAAACUAACAACUUUAAUGGUACCAAACGAUAAUGAUCGUGGAUUGCCCGCUGGUAUACUAAUCAAAACUUGACAACAAAACAUCCGGAGAUUUGUUUCAGGAUUUCUCAUCUCGAACACGACCACUUCUGCUGAUAUUGCACUACUCUUCGGAGAGGUUAAGAAAUUGUUCGACGAAGAUGGUUCGACUUUUUGUCCGCGCCAAUUAAUGACAGAUGAAGCUCAUGUUUUUUGGAAUGGAUAUGUUCAGGUAAACCAAUAUUCACAUAAAUAAAUCUCGGAGUCGGAAAAAAUGUAAAAAAUGGAUAAAUUUUUCUGAAAAUAUAAUUAUUUUUCAAAAUGUGUCACGUCAUGAUGAAAAAAAAUUCGUUCAGCUCUCGUUUUUUAACAAGAAAUUCAGCGCUGUUUUUCACAAAAAAUACAGUAAUCAUCGCUGCAGUAACAAACGUUUGUCAAGUCAAUCUUGUAAAAAAUUGAAAGAAAAAUCAGAAAAAAAUCGAGGAAAACGUUUCUGAAAAUUAAGAUUUUUCUAGAAUUUAAGACUGUUUCUAAUUUUUCAAAAGUCCAAUUUGAAAAAAAACUCAUGUUCCACAGAAAGUUGAAGAGAUAAUGCCUAUAUAAUGUGCUGGAAUUUCAACAAAAUAAAUGUCUUAUGUUGAGAAAAUAAUUUUCAGACAUGGCCGGAAAAUGCGCUUGUGACUAAACGACUCAAUUGUCGUUGGCAUGUCUUCAGGGCUUGGAAAAAGAUGGCGAAGCAUCAUCUAUCGGUCAAAUGUGCAGGUGGGAAAAAUAAAUAAAAAAUUCAUUUUUCAGGAUGUUCAACUAUCAGCUCUGCUAGACAAAUUGCACAGCAUGUUGAAAACGAACGAUGUUGGAAUUCUAAAUCAUGAAAUCAAUGAAUUGUUCAGUUUCUUGAAUAAUAUCAAGUCUGCUGGAGCUCUACAAUUCUCGCAAUAUUUCUACACAUAUUAUUACCGUAUGAUAAUAUUGCAUCAGAAGUGUUUUGUUUUUUACUAGAAUUUCAGAAAAUCAGAAGCUGGAACGUUGGGCGGCUGCUUAUCGAGACUAUGCAGUUUUUCAUACAUCGAUGUUUGUAGAAAGUUGGCAUAGCAUUUUAAAACUCGAUUUUUUGGCGAAUAAAAGAGUUAUUAGAUUGGAUCAACUCAUUUAUUCCCUGAAGGAAGGUUGCGAAACGAUCAAACAUCGGAGAUUUGUGGAAGUAUGUAUCUUUCAUAAAAAGUUCAACAAACACACAGCCAAGAAAAAAACAAUUUUUCUGAUUUUUUUCAAAAAAAUACUGAACAACAAAAAGUUUCCUAUUUUUCCGGUUCAAACAAUUCGGAAAUUUUUCGCUUCGCGAUUAUCCGAGUAUUAUUGCUCAAUUUCAACAAAAGAAAUUACAUAGAAAAAAUCCUUCGCUACAGUAAUUUUUUUGGGAAAAAACAAAAUCAAAUUUUAAAAUUGCUCAUGUUUCCAGGAACAACGAGGGUUAGCGAAAGCAAAUCCAAGACAGCUCGUUCAAAAAUCUCGUCAUGAGACUGCCGAAAAAGAGAUUGAUAAAUAUAUAAUUGAAAAAAUCCCUGAUCGCGAAGGUCAACCAGCAUUUCGUUUAACAUCUAACCAUCCAACACCUCUACAAGUUCCAUCAAUUGUAAAAAUUGGAAAUUGUUUCUGCAACGCGGUGAAUUUUUUCUCAGCUUGUAUGUAAAUUCAAUAUAUCUACAGAUAAAUGGUCACUGCAAACGAUGCGAUGCUUGCCCAUAUUCAUUAAGAUGUACUUGUAAAGAUACUCUGGCCGGAGUUUGUUGUAAACAUUCCCACAUGUUGAAAAUUCAUUUGGCGAGAACUCCAGCCUCUGUUGAUGAAGUUGAAACACAGCAAGAAAUUUUGGAUGAUAAUGAUGAUAUUAUUGAUUUGGACGAUGAGGAAAAUAUGGUCCCUGAUUUGGAAACUCUUGAAAUUGUAGUUGAUUAUAAUGAGUUGGAAGUUCAAAAAAGAAAAGAUGAAAUGUCGGCAGAUUUUACAUAUGCACAAGGAGUAAGAAAUGGGUCAAUUGACUUUGAGACUCUUUUUCCUUUAGGUUUUUAAUCGAGCAGAAAACGAGUUACGGAAGAUGAGAAGGGAUCCGGAUGAUGAAACAAUUGAGAAAAAUAGAAAAAUAAUGGAAGCUGUAAAAUUGCUGGAAUCAUUGUUAGAUGAUCAAAAUGUUUUAACUGUUCGUCGAGAUAUCCAACAAUCGGCUAGAGCAAAAAGAAAAAGCGCUCGUGAUACUAUGAAUAAUUACUCGUUCGGACCAAAGGUGAAACAUUUUUGACGUUGCCGUAAAUUGAAAACCAAUGAUUACAGAGAAAAUCGAAGAGAGUUGAAUUUGAUCCUAACAAUCCCUAUUUCUCAUACGAACCCGACGAAAUGACAGUUUGCAACUUGUGCAAAAAAGUGAUUUUCGUUGAAUUUCACAGAAUUAAUUCAUGAUUUUCAGAGUCUUCCUGUGGAAUCUUCCUCACGUGCAGUGGUUAAUUGUGUCGGAUGUGGUGCUCCAGCUUAUUUUUCGUGUGUUUCAGCAGGAAUCAUUUGUUUAUCAUGUCAACUUCCUUUCCAAGAAUAG